AAUAAAUCAUGCUCUUGUUCCUGAUACGCACUAGUCUCUCUCUUUCUUCUCGGUCCAGUGUCUCUUUCAAAGUGCUGCUGCUGCCAGCAUUGACCUGAGCUAGAGCAGUAACCGUCAUCACCACUGCCAGUACGGUACCAUGGCUGUGCUUCAAUCUUUCGUUUCGGUCCACCCAGAUUCUCACUUCCCCAUACAGAACCUCCCCUACGGAGUGUUCAAGCCCCAAUCCGCUUCUCCUCCUCGUCCCGGCGUCGCCAUCGGAGACUUCGUCCUCGACCUCUCCGAAAUCUCUUCCGCUGGUCUCUUCGACGGCCCUCUCCUCAAAAACUCCGAUUGCUUCCUCCAGCCUAAUCUAAAUAAGUUUGUAUCACUGGGAAGGCCAGCUUGGAAGGAAGCUCGUGCCACUCUUCAAAAGCUUUUAUCAGCAACUGAGCCAACCUUGAGGGACAACGUGGUUUUGAGGCAGAAAUCACUACUGCCUGUGAGUACUGUGGAGUUGCUUCUCCCUGUUGUUGUUGGGGACUAUACCGAUUUCUUUACGUCUCUGCAUCACACUAAAAAUUGUGGGCUCAUUUUUCGUGGGCCACAGACUCCUGUUCUAGAUAAUUGGUAUCGCCUGCCUGUUGCCUACCAUGGACGAGCAUCUUCUGUUGUUAUUUCCGGAACAGAUAUUGUUCGGCCAAGAGGUCAAGCUCAUCCAAUUGGCAGCUCUACUCCCUACUUUGGCCCUUCAUUAAAGCUAGACUUUGAGUUGGAAAUGGCUACUAUUGUUGGACCUGGAAAUGAAUUGGGAAAACCUGUUGAUAUUAACAAUGCUGAAGAUCACAUCUUUGGACUUGUUGUAAUGAACGAUUGGAGUGCUCGAGAUAUUCAGGCAUGGGAAUAUAUUCCUCUUGGUCCUUUUCUUGGCAAGAGUUUUGGAACAACAAUAUCACCUUGGAUUGUGACCUUGGAAGCAUUAGAACCUUUUGCUUGCGAAGCCCCAAAACAGGAUCCUCCUCCACUUCCAUACUUGACUGAAAAAGUAUCCAGAAUCUAUGAUAUUUCCCUAGAGGCUCACAUAAAACCUGCGGGGCAUGAAGAUUCAGGUGUGGUGUCACGGACUAAUCUAAAGCACUUAUAUUGGACAUUGACCCAACAACUUGCUCACCAUACAAUCAACGGUUGCAACCUUAGGCCAGGCGAUCUCCUCGGAACUGGGACAGUUAGUGGUCCUGAGCCGGAGUCCCGGGCAUGCUUGCUAGAAUUAACGUGGAAUGGACAAAACGCGGUACCAGUGAAUGGGUUAAAUAAGAAAUUUCUUGAAGAUGGAGAUGAAGUUAUCUUAACUGGAUAUUGCAAGGGAAAUGGUUACACUAUUGGGUUUGGUACCUGCUCGGGCAAGAUUGUUCCCGCAGCUCCCUGAGUGUGGAUCCAACAUUGGAAUAAACCAAUACUUAUAAAAAAAAUAUUAUCAAAUUCUACAAAAUCAUCCUGCUGCACGUGGUAUAAUAGUCGUAUGUUUACAAACAAGGCGAUUUUCGUGCCACACCAGUUGUACGCUGUAAUGCCAAACCGAACCGACCGCCCAAUGCUAAUAAUGUCCAAUGUAUACACAAUUACUGAAUAUACGCCGGGUGACAUGUUUAAGCAAAGAUUUCAGAGUUAUGAAAUAAGUCUUUACGUGA